GCCGGGGAAACCUAGCUAGCCGCAUGGCUGCGGGCUGCUCAGUGGCUCCGCGGCCGAAGGCGGCCUCAGAAGGGCCGGCCAGCGUCUUGCCUUGCCUAGAAUUGCCUACUUACGCGGCUGCUUGUGCGCUUGUGAAUAGCCGCUACUCCUGCCUGGUGGCGGGGCCGCACCGAAGACACAUCGCCCUAUCGCCGCGCUAUCUUAACAGGAAACGCACCGGUAUUCGAGAACAGCUCAAUGCAGAGCUCCUGCGCUAUUCCGAGAGCCUUUUAGGUGUACCCAUUGCUUAUGAUAACAUCAAAGUAGUGGGUGAAUUAGGAGAUAUUUAUGAUGAUCAAGGACACAUUCAUCUUAACAUUGAAGCAGAUUUUGUUAUUUUCUGCCCUGAACCAGGGCAAAAACUUAUGGGCACAGUUAAUAAAGUGUCCUCCAGCCACAUCGGCUGCUUGGUCCAUAAGUGCUUCAAUGCCUCCAUCCCUAAACCUGAGCAGAUGCCAGCUGACCAGUGGCAGACGCUGCAGAUAAACGUGGGUGAUGAACUAGAAUUUGAAGUAUUUCGUUUAGACUCAGAUGCUGCUGGAGUAUUCUGCAUUCGGGGAAAGCUAAAUAUCACUAGUUUGCAAACCAAGGGCUCUGCAGUUCCUGAAAAAGCACCAGAAACUGGCGCUGAUGAACCUGUCGAAAAACCUCCAAAGAAGAAAAAGAAAAAGAAGAAAGACCGAGAGUCAUGUGAAGUGGAAGGCGGUACCACAGAGCCAGCAGAAUUUGCAGAUGUUACCAUGAAGGACGAGACAGACCUGCAGGUUAGUAACAGUGUGAAUGGCCUCUGGGAGGGAGAGCCAAAGAAGAAGAAGAAGAAGAAGAAGAAAAAGCACCAGGAAGAUCGGGACCAAGAGCCUGUUUUCCAAGGCAGUGACUCCAGUGGUUAUCAAAGUGACCAUACAAAGAAGAAAAAGAAAAGAAAGAGUGAGGAGGCUGAACUUACACCACUCGUGGAACAUGCACCUAAAAGAAAAGGGGAAAGUAAUUUUCUUUUGUGUGUUUUAAAUAUGAUUUGGUUUUUUAAAGAAGAUUUAUACACAGUAGAUGACUAAAGUUUAAUUAAGAAAUGUUUUGUAUUGCAGUAUUUUGCCUAACAGGGAACAUUUUGAUUAGUUGAGUUUGGGGUACUAAAAUUAAUUUGGGAAAUAUCAGUAUUAUUACAGUGCCAUUUAUUGUAUACAGAAUAGAAAGGUAAGAACUGCCUUCAUUCUUCCAGUGGAUACAUUCUAAAUAAAAUGGUUUCUACAGUCCCAAGACUAACAAAAGGACUUUUGUGACACAGUGAUAUAAUGUAUAUCGUAAAGAAUGAGUUUGAGCUUGGGUGGUGGUUACAGGUUUUGAAUUUAGUCAUAGCGUUACAUGCCAUGUCAUUAGGCUUUUGUUUGUUUAAUCAUGGCUACUGUGGUACUUUUGUUGUUUACCUUGGGAUGGUUUGUCAGAGGUAUUUCUGAAGUUUUCAGAGCUCUUUAUAAACUGCCCUCUUUAGAACCAUAGCCCUGCCCAUGGAUCAUGAGUUAGGAGACAGUGCUGUUCUUUCCUUCUCUGUGCGUGUGUGGUGUGUUCUGUUCUCUCUCAGAGGAAGAGUCUGAUGAAGACAGGAUAAAGGUGAUUCUGACUAGUGGGGAAUUUCCCUAUUUUUAAUAACUGAGUUAAGCUACUAGAAAUUAUUACAAAAACAGUUAUUUACUGCUUUCACUGAGAAAAUGUGGAAUAUGUCUUAACUAUUGGAAAACACUGAAGAAUGAAUGGACAAGCGAGUUCAGCCUGAUAAUCAAUGCAAGAUUGUGUUAAUUCAAUGUAUUUGUGUUACACAUAGUAGACCAUCAUUCUAAGGUCGGGGGUAUAAUGGUAAACAAGGCAGAAAUGAUUCCUUCCCUCGUGGAAUGUGAUAGGAGAGACAGAUGCACCCAUACAAUAUAAGUAAGAAAAGAUCGAGAAUUACUAAUGCUGGUAAGUUCUAAAAGAAGAUUCUCUCUUCCCACUGCUGUGAUCCACGGCAGCCCCUUUCAGUUGCCAUUUAUCUAGUAUCAGACGUAGUCCUGCUCUUACUCUGUUUAAUGUCUGUACCAAUUGAAGAUAGAGUUGGGAGAGUCAUUCAUGAUGUUUGUCUAUAAACAGAUGUGCCAGACAGUGGAAAGGGGUGAGCCAGUGUCUUUUCUUACCAUUAAGUUCAUGUGGCUAUUUAGCCCUCACAAUGAAGCUAGUCCGGUUUGAGAUGAGGUGUCAGUAUAAAACAUAUCAGACUUUGAAGAUGUACAAAGAAAGAAUGCAAAAUACCUCAGUUUUGUAUAUUGAUGAGAUUAUAAUAUUUUGGUAUAGUGGAGUAAAUAAAAUAUUAAAUUGGC